UUAUAGGAUUAAAUUUACUUAACAUAGACAAUUGUCCAGAAAUUUUAUUAAUUGAUGAAAUAUUUAUAUUCCAGCUGCAUUAUCUGUGUGUGUAACUGGCAUGUAUGUCUCUUGGUCUUCCCCCUCAGUUCCACGACUUACUGGAAGGAAAGAAGACUUGGGUUUUCAGUUUACCACGGAGCAAACUUCCUGGGUGGUUUCCGGUUAUACUUUGGGGCUCGUAGUGGGCAAUUUUUUCGUGAGUUUUCCCGCCAAUAUAUUGGGAAGACGCAUGACACUUCUAGCUGCAGCACCUCUGAUGUUCGUUUCUUGGAUUGGAACAACAUUUUCUGAAAAUUAUCUCGUCAUGCUUUUCUUUAGAAUUGUCGGAGGAAUUGGUUCCAGUUUCGCCUUCUUGGCUACUUCAUUAUAUAUAGCUGAAAUUGCUGAUAAAGACCUUCGAGGCAGAUUAGCGUCAAUGUUCACUGUGCUGAAGCUUAGUGGAAAUCUGUAUAUAUUGUCUGUGGGACCGUUUGUAUCGUAUCGAGUCCUUGGAUUGACCAGCUCUGUGAUACCAUUAAUUUUUUUCGUUGCGCUGUUCUUCAUGCCCGAAUCUGCGUACUUUUAUUUGAAAAAGGGGAAUAUAGAGAAAGCCAGGAACAGUUUAGAGACAUUUUCUCCAGCUAACAUGACCUCGCAAGAGAUUGAGGAGAAAUUGAAAUUGAUACAGAUCGGCGUCGAACGAGAUAUGAGAAAUAAAACCACACUUAAAGAACUAUUUACGAAUAAAAUGCAUCGGAAGCCAUUAUACAUCAUUCUGGGUCUCAAAAUACUACAACAAUUGUGUGGUAUUACAGCCAUAGAAUCUUACAUGGAAACAAUCAUUGAGAGAAGUGGCAGCAGUAUAUCGGGAGAAUUGUCUAGCAUAAUCUUUGGAAUUGUGCAGUUCGCUGGAGCAAUUUCUUCAAUCACUUUGGUAGAUCGGCUUGGCAGAAAACCAUUAUUACUAAUAUCAGCUGUUGGAUGCGGAUUAUCUCUUAUAGCUGAAGGAAUUUACUUCUACCUCAGCGACGUCCUGUACGCUGAUGUAAGCAACCUCUCAUGGCUGCCGACGACAGGACUCACCAUCUACUUAUUCCUCAGCGCAGCUGGAAUCUACAGCCUCCCGUACUUGUUUUUGGGCGAACUUUUCGCCACGAAUGUUAAAGAGAAUGCAGCGGCGUUUGCAUCUUUGUUCGGUUCGACUUUGAGCUUUACUGUUACGAGAUCGUUUUCGCCCUUGGAAGAAGCUUUGGGGAUAUACACAGUGUUUUGGAUUUUUGCAAGCGUAUGCUUAUUCGGAGCGAUAUUUGUUUUCAUGGUGGUGCCUGAGACUAAAAACAAGAGUUUGAAAGACAUACAAGACAAACUAAACAAGCAUCUGAAGGUGAAAGAGGCGAUUAUUGAGGAAGGCAACUUUGAGAAGAAACAAACGCAAGAAAAAGGAAUGAAACAAACAUUGGAAAAAUAAAAACAUAUAAAGUAACUAUCGACAAGAAGACUUCAAUAUUUAGUAGGACCUGAUAGUUGGAGUUGGUAGAGAUAGUGAAUUUUUGAAGAAAAAAAUCGGUUGUUUGUAAAGUCGGUUUACUGACGAUAGUUGAACGUGACAACGUCAUAAGAAAA